UGAAUUUUAACUCUCAAAAUGGCGGUCCACAUGACGACAGCAGUACUUAGAAGACAAUCUCUACACUCUUCUUCUUCUGGUCCUUUCUUGUCUCUUCUGCAAAGAGGAAGACGAAUCGAUAAAUGUGGGAGGUGUUUUUCUACUUCUGAAGCACUAGUCCCAGCAGAUACGUCUCAUAAAAAUGGAGAGGAGAGGGUUCAAAGAAAAAUAACAGAAGAAUCAUAUUUGAUAGGUGAACACCAGCCAAACAAGUUUAUACCAGUCACGAGAUUAAUGCUAGUCAAUACUCUCCUGGAGGAUAGGAAGCUACUCAGUCCAGAGGAGAGGGAAAGGAUUAGAGAUUUAUCAGCUUCACUGGAUACCUGCAUACUCCAACAGUUCUACACUCAACUGGAUGAACUUAAACUUCUUUAUGAUGGUCUAGAUCCAGAUAAAGACACCAUUACUACCAAAGUGUCGGCUAAAGAUCGUCUGGACAGUGAGUACUGGCUCCUACACAAACUAGAGCACCUCCUCUACAAAGCAAACUACCUCAAGAUACCAAAAGAGAAGGUUCUUCUUUUGCUGCAGGAGCACAACACUAGUGAAGGUGUGAGAGUCGCCGUAGACCCUUCCCAGUACUCUGUACUCAAGAUAUGGACACGGGGAUUCAAGAAGAUACCUGUACCUUUUUUUGAGAAACUGAAGUUUGGUUUUUCAAAGGUUCUUAGUCGCGGGAGAGACGAGAGAAGAGGACCAAUGAAUGAGGUAUUCACAAGAGUCUUUAUAGCCGUUCGCUCAAAGAAGGAGAGCAAACUACACCUGAAGGUUUUCAAAGACGUGCCAUGUCCUCACUUAGAGUAUUUGCUGCCUGACGGGAAAAUACGAAUGUCAAUGUUUGACAAAGGUUUCUUGACCUCCAGCGUCUUCCUUGGCAGUAUUGUAGCAGCUGCUAAAGGCAUUGCUCUUGCCGGUGAUUAUAACAUGGACUUUGCUUGGAUUGGACUGGGUCUGGCUGGACUGAUAGGAGCAAGAGGGUGGCUGGGAUACAAGAAUAAAAGAAACGCUUAUCUUGUUAACCUCUCUAGGACGCUCUAUUUCAAAUCGGUGUCUAAUAAUCGCGGCGUCCUCACGCUAUUGACUGACAGGGCUCAGGAUGAGGAAUCUAAAGAGUCUCUAUUAGCUUAUGUCUUCCUCUUGAGUCCUCCCAAUAGGAGAGGGGUACCAGGACUGGCAUACACUUCAAGGGACCCUGCCUAUGAUACAGAGGAGUCACUUAAGGAAAGGAUAGAGGACUGGCUUAAAAGCAAGUUCAAGAUAACAGGUGUCAGUUUUGAUAUUGAGGAUGCACUUUUAAAGCUUGAUACGAUGGGUCUAUUGGUUAGACAUGCCAAUGAGACUCUAAGUGUCGUACCAAUGAGUGUAGCCCUUGAGACUUUACCGGGUCCUUCAUUAACACUGAGUGGAGGAUUGAGGAACCCUGAGACAAUUGAAGAGGGGGAUGGAGGAGGAGAAGAUCCACUCUCUUAUCAUGAAGGAUGGAGAUAAUCCAGUGACUAUAGCUGUCGCUUUUAUUAUACCUUUCUGUCUCUUUCUCUCUUCUAUAUGCAGUGAAAUGUCAUUAUUAUGAUUAUAAUUAUUAUUGUGUUAGUUAUUUUAAAAGUUAUAACUAAAGAGCUACAUGUAGACAGUGCUUCUUAUGAAAGACAUAGGAAAAAUAGGAGCAGAAUCAGUUGCAAUUAGUGACUAUACAAAUAGAGUAAUGAGUUAUAACAAUAUACAAUAAUACUUCACAGCAGGAGUAAUAAACAAUAUACCGGUAUAUGUUAUUGAAA